AUGGCCACUUCAAUAAAAAGAGGUGAUCCUCAAUCCGAAAAGAUAAAAUAUAUUAAAGGUACAUUUUUUGUAAUUAGACCAGAUGAAACAUCAAAAGAACCAUUUUGGAUAGCAUAUGCAUUAGAAGAUGUACCAGCAAAGAAUAAAGAAGUUUAUGUUCGUUGGUUAACAGUAUCAGAUGAAGAUGAGACUGAAUAUAAGGUUGGACCAGAGUCGUCAUCAUCAAAUAUUCCAAUUGAAUCAAUUAUAGUUACAACAACAUUAAAAGCCAAUUCUAAACAAGAAAGUUCAUAUAGAAUUUCAAAAAUUGAACUUAGAAGAGUCAAUACAAUUGUUGAAAAUGAAUCAUCAUCAGAAGAAGAAGAGGAAGAGGAAAGUAAUGGUGAAGAAGAGAAAGAAGGUAAUGCUCAAGAAUCAGGAUCAGAAUCUGAAGAAUCAGAAUCUGAAUCUGAAGUUCCAGUAAAGAAAACCAAAAAACAAUUGGUAGAAGAACAAAAGAAAUCAGCUGCUGCAGCUAAAAAAUUACAAAAAGAAAAAGAGAAAGAGAAAGAGAAAGAGAAAGCAAAGAAAUUAAAAGAAAAAGAAAAAGAAAAAGAAAAAGCAAAGAAACAAAAAGAGAAAGAGAAAGAAAAAGCAAAGAAAUUAAAAGAAAAGGAAAAAGAAAAGAAAAAAAAAAAUUCUGAAUCUGAAAAACCAAAGAAAUCAAAUAAAUCAAAGAAACAAGAAGAUACUGAAAAUGAAUCGGAAUCGGAAUCAGAAUCAGAAUCAGAAUCUUCUUCUAGUGAGUCUGAAAAAGAAGAAUCAUCAAAGAAAUCAUCCUCCAAAAAGAAAACCACCACCAAAGAAAAAUCAAAACCAACCAAAAAAUCAAAGAAACAAGAAACUGAAGAUGAAGAAGAGAGUGGUAGUGAUGAAUCAUCAGGUGAUGACGAUGAAAAAUCAUCAAGUGAUGAGGAUGAAAGAGAGAAGAAAUCAUCAAAGAAAUCGUCAACUGCUGCUAAUGGUAAACCACAAGAAAUUAAACCAAUAGUUAAGAAAUCAACUGGUAAAAGAAAAAAGAAUGAGGAUUCAGAUGCAUCAUCAGGUGAUGAGGAAGAGGAGGAGGAAGAUAAAACUACAACCAAGAAAUCAAAGGGAAAAGGUGGGGAAUCUAAAAAAGUUGUUAAAGAAAAAGUGACAAAAGUUGCAAAGCCAACCAAAGCAUCAAUUAAAGCACAAACCAAGAAAGGUAAUCCAAAUCCAGCAAUCCCAGUUUUAGAGGUUGAUCCAGGUUUUGAGUGGGCAAAGACAGCCACCACUUUAUCAGAUUUCUGUUGUUCAAUUUGUAGAAGUAGAGAAGCUAGCAAAGCUAUCAUUGAAAACAAUAUUCCAUUAUUAAAAGAGAUCAUCAAAGAGAAUCGUUACAAUUCUCUUCUCUCCAAUUGGUCAAGUGGUUUGGAGAAAUCACCAUUACACUAUGCUAUCAUCAACAAUAACAUUGAAGCAAUUGAACUCGUCUAUAAAGAUGCAAAGGAUGAAGCUAAACUAAGACCAUCAUUACCAAAUUUUGAUAAAGCUUCAACUGGUACUUACUCAAAAUAUACUUAUGGUCAUAAUGUUAGAGCUUUAACUCAAUCAAGAGGUGGUAAAGAAGGCGAUGAAGCUUUCUUACACGAUUCAAAUAAUUAUCAAGAACAUGAAUUAACUUUAGAAGUUCAACAAACAAAUAUUAUACAAUUAAUAUUUUCAAAUAGUUGUGUAAAAAUGACAACUAUUCAAGAAUUAUUUAGAUUAGAUCCAACAUUGAAUGAUAAUGUUUCAUAUAAUAUUUAUUAUGCUGUUAGAGCAGGUAAUUUAGAGGUUAGUGAACAUUUUGUAAAGGAUUUAUUUAAGAGGGGUGGAUUUGGUUUUAAUAAUUUACAUUCACAAGCAUUAAGUGUUGAUGGUAAUGAAGAGUUUCUACCAUUUAAAUCGGUAUCGGUUACAAAGAAACCAAACUUUGGUAAUGUUACACCAAUUCAUUUCGCAGCAAUCAAUCCAAAAGGAAAAUAUUUGAAACAAUUGUUGGAUGUUUUAUCAGAACCUUCAAGACCAGAUCAUAACUCAUUCAGACCACUUCAUUAUGCUGCCGCUUGUACAGCACCUGUCAAUAUUCAAUUGUUAACCAGUAAAGGUGUUGAAUUAAAUGAUUUAAAUUCAUUGGGUAUGACACCAUUGAUGAUCGCAUCUCAAUUGGGCAGAGUUCAAAAUAUUAAAGCAUUGGUAAAAGCUUCAAAAGAAAGACAAAUUGUAAACUUUGUUAAAUUUAAAAAUAAGAAAUUACAAGAUGCUCUUCAUUUCGCCGCUGAGGCAGGUCAAUUGGGUUCAAUUCGUACUCUUUUAGAGGAGGGUGCUGAUAUUGAUGUCUUUGAAAAAGGUACCAAAUACACCGCAUUAAUGAAAGCUUCAAUUAUGGGUCAUUUCGAUGCAGUAAAGAUUUUGGUUGAAGAAGGUAAAGCUGAUGUUGAAAAGAAGGAUAAAUUCAAGAGAACCGCUUUAGUAUUGGCUGCCAUCAAUGGUCAUAUUAAGAUUGUUUCUUUCCUUUUACAUUAUAAUGCCUCCUUUAAGGUUAUUGAUAGUUCAAAGAAUUCCAUUUUACAUUUCACAGCUGCCUAUGGUUGGAUUGAUAUCAUUCGUUAUUUGGUUGAACAAUUUCAAGCUCCAAUCAAUGAAUUCAAUGAUUGGAAAACCACUCCAUUAUCGGUUGCAAUUCGUAAAGGUCAUUUCCAAUGUACAAAAUACCUUUUGGAUAAAGAUGCCGAUGCAAAUGUUACAGAUGAAAACAAUAGAAGUAUCUUGCUACAAUCAUUGGUUAAUUCAUCAUUGUCAAUGGCUCUCAUGGAGAAUAUUAAAUAUUUGAUCGUUCAAGGUAAAGCCAAUGUAAAUCAUCAAGAUAAAGAUUUAAAUGGUGUUUUACAUGUUUUAUCAUUGGCCGAGAUUGAACUUCCAGGUGAAGUAAAAGAAAAACAACCAAACUAUUAUUGGGGUAGACAAGCAAAACCAGCUGAAGAUCCAGUUAAAGCUGAAAAACGUUUACAAGAUCAAUUAAAGAUUGUCGAGGAGAUUGCAAACUAUCUCAUCUCUAAAGGUGCCAGUGUCAAUAGUAAGAAUAAAGAUGGUUGCACACCAUUGAUGUUGGCAUUCCAAGAAAAGAACAUUCCAAUCAUUAUCUAUCUCUUGGGUAGAAGUGAUGUUUCAUUGGUUGGUACCUAUAGCUCAACUAAAUCAAAUAUCUUACAUGACAUUAUGAAACUUGAUGAUAGUUUACACUUUUCAAAGAUUACAGAUUUAUUAUUAAAAUCAAAGGAUUUGAAAACUAUUAUCAAUCAAUACAAUAAAGAACAUCUUACACCAUUAAUGUCAAUCAUUAAAAACUUUAAAUCUGAUACCACUGAAAAGAAUGAAAAAUUCUUCAAAUUCUUACGUUCACUCAUUUCAAAUGCUAAGCCUGAUCUAUCUUUAGUUGAAGAGAAAUUAGUCAUUGAUGCUGAUUCAAUGGAUGAAUCUGAUGAUCAUCAUAAUACAAGUAAUAUUAGUCAUAAUAGUAGUGAUGAUGAUAAUUCAGAUAAUGGUUCAGAUGAUGAUGAUAAUUUAGAUGAUGAUGAUGAUAAUUCAGAUGGUAAUUCAGAUAACGAUGAUGAUAACAAUAGUGAUAAUGAAGAACAUGGUAAAAAUAAGGAUGAUAAAGAAUUAAUACUUAAACGUUCAGUUUUACACUUUGCAGUUCAAACUGGUUCAUUAAAUAUUGUUCAAAUUUUAUUAGAAUUUAAACCAAAAGAUAUUGAUCAAUUAAAUGUUUAUAGUGAAACAGCACUUCAUAAUGCAAUCGAUGGUAAUCAUUUCCAAAUUGCUUUCCUUUUAGUAGAUAGUGGUGCCAAUGUAAAGAUUUCAAAUUCAUUCGAACGUUCACCAUUACAUUUGGCUUGUGCUAAAAUGAAUUUCCCAUUGAUUAAGAAAUUAGCAUCAAAAGGAUCACCAAUCAAUAAACAAGAUUUCAAAGGUUUAACACCAUUGAUGAUUGCAUGUCAAAACAAGGGUAACAUUUCCGAUGAAGCUUUAGAGGGUGAGGAUAAUCCAAUCUCAAUCCUCUUACAAAAUGGUGCAGAUCCAAAGAUUGUUGAUUCAAAGAAAAGAAAUGCUUUACAUUAUAGUAUCAAUGCUAGUGGUGCCGAUACAAAUUCAUCCUUUGAAAUUGAAGAUCUCUUAAUUAAACAUAAAGCACCUUUGAAUGAAGUCGAUUAUUUAGGAAGAACUCCACUACAUUAUGCUUUCAUCAAGAUUGGUUCACGUUUCAUCGAUAAUGGUACCUCUUAUGAUCCAGUUCAAGUGGUAAGUUCAUUAUGUUCCUUUGAAUCCAUUCAAAUCGAUAAACCUGAUAAAUUUGGUAGAUCACCUUUAUUCUAUGCUUGUCAACAUGGUAGUACCGUUUCUGCUCUCCUCUUAAUUCAAAGAAAAGCUGAUAUUAAUCGUGUUGAUGAAGAUGGUAAUACACCUUUGGCUAUCACUCUCUUAUUUAAACACCCAGAUUGUGCUAUCAAUGUAAUUCAAAAAGGUGCAAAUGUUAAAGGUACUUUAACUAAAUUCAAUUAUAAAAUUACUAAAACUGAAACUCCAUGGAAAACUGAAACAACAACAACAACAACAACUCCAAAUGGUGCCACCACCACCACCACUACUACUACCACUACCACUACCACUGCUAGUACUUCAACAACAGCAUCAGCAAAUAUACUUCCUCAAGUUGCAGCUCCAUUAAAUAGAGGUAGAAUUAGUAGAGCUCAACAUUCAAAUGCUGCCAUUCAAGAACCUAAAAUUCCACAUUAUAAACAACCAAUGAAAGUCGAAUAUAAAGUUGAAAAGAUUAAUGUUUGUAAGGUUGGUUUAUUCUAUCAUGUUGUAUCAAAUAAUUGGCAAGGUGUUGCCUAUAUUAUGUUGGACUCUGGUUUAGAUAAUUUCAGUGCACUUCAUGAUGCAUUCAAAGCUGAUAAAUAUCAAUUGGCUCUAACUUUAUUAUCAAAAUGUCGUUCAGCUGCUGAAUUAUCACCAUUAUCACCAGAAUCAAAACAAAACCUUUUCCAUUUCAUUGGUAUGUACCCAUCAUCUGUUGCCAAUUGGAGUGCUCGUGUUCAACAAAAAUUAUUAUCAUCUGGUGUUUCACCAAAUCUCACUGAUUCCACUGGUAGAACUCCACUUCACUAUGCAGCUGUCUCUGAAAAUGUUCCAUUCACUCAAUUCUUAUUGACUCAAAAAUUAAACAUUAAUCAACAAGAUAAGGAAGGUAAUACACCAUUAUCAUUGGCAUUGAUAAAGAUUAAAACUCCAACUCCAAUAACUAGUGAUACUCAACAACAACAAAGCACUGAAGAUAUUAUCAAGAAUUUCGUUUUACCAGCAGAGUUCAAAUUAUUAUUAACCAAUUUACCAAAUUUAGAAUUGAAAUUCAAAUAUGAAGAGAAUGAAAUCACUCCAUUAAUUUAUGCUAUCAAUAUUAAAAACAUUGGUUUAAUUGGUACUUUAUUGAAUUCAAAAGCAAACAUCAAUACAGUCGAUGCACUUGGUCAACCACCACUUUUCCAUGCAGUUAAAACAAAUAAAAUGGAUAUUGUCAACUUGAUACUCUCAAAGAAACCAAAUAUGAAUAUUCAAGAUACCGAUAAGAAAUCUGUUAUUCAUUAUGUAGUUAAUCCAACUGAAUAUGGUUCAUUUGAAAAUGUUACCCUUUUGAAUCUAUUGGCUAAACAAGGUUCUAAAAUCGAUUUAGCAGAUAUCGCUGGUAAAACACCAUUAUACUAUGCAUCAUUACAAGAUUCUGGUAAGAUGAAAGACGCUUUAAUUAAAUUGGGUGCAAAGAAGAUUCCUCAAGAAACUUUACCAACUAGAGAAGUUUCAACCAUUUCCAAUUGGUCAGAGCUUAAUACAGUCAAUUAUGAACAAGAUUAUAAUAAAUACAUUGAAACCAAGAAAGAAUUAAUGGCUGCAAGCAAUAAACAAUUGAAACCACUCGUUGAUCCAAUCUCAAGAAUGCAAGAGAAUUCUGAAGUAUAUGUCGAUUCAAAUGGUUUAAUCUUUGACAUUCUUAUGACUAAAGUCGAUGCUAAACGUGGUAAUUGGGGUGAGAAUAAUUUCUACAAAAUGCAAAUCAUUUACAAUCCUGGCUUGGAUAGAUAUUUCUUAUGGAAUCGUUGGGGUAGAAUUGGUGAUGUUGGUCAAUAUCAAAAGACACCAUUCAGUAAGGAUGAAGCAGUCACUGAAUUUUGUAAAGUUUUCAAAACCAAGAGUGGCAAUGCUUUCAAUCUCGAUUCAAUGUCCAAUUUCCAAAAGAUUGAAGGGCGUUAUCAUUUGGUACACAUCGAUAGAACUGAUAAGACAAAGAAAGAGAUCCUCCACCCAUUCGUUCUCUCUCAAUAUCCAAAAUCACAAUUACCAAAAGAACUCUAUGAUGUUAUGGCUCAAUUCUGUAAUGUUGAAUCAAUCUCUCAUCAAUUGAAAAAUCUUAAAAUCGAUACUGAUAUUAUGCCAUUGGGUCGUAUUAGUAAAGAUCUCAUUCAAAAAGCCAUUACAGUAUUGGGUAAACUUAGUGAAGCAGUUGAACAAAUUCGUUUGAUCGAAGAGCACGAAGCCAAUAAAAGAGCAUCCUCUUUUACUAAUGCUACAACUGUUGGUAGUGGUGUUAGUGGUAGUGGUGGUGAUUCAACUUCUACCACUGAUAAACCAGAGGAACCAAAUUUCCCACCACUCAAUGAUGUCAAAGAAUCCUUAAUUAAACUUAGUAAUGAAUUCUAUGAAUUAAUUCCUCAUUCAAACUUUUCCACCGAAAGAAUGGUCAUUUUGAAGAGUGCCAAAGAGAUAACCGCCAAAACAACCCUCUUACAAAACUUGGAUGAACUUGAGACCGUUUCAAAGAUUUUGAUUGCCGCUCACCAAAAUACCACAAUGCAUCCAUACGAUUAUUGUUUCAAAGCUCUUGGUGCCUCUUUGGAGAAAUUGGAUGCCAACUCUCCAGAAUUUGGUAUCCUUAAAAAGUACUCCGAGAAUACCGGUUGCACAAAGAAGAUUGUAAAUAUUUUCAAACUCCAAAGAAAAGGAGAGGUUGAAAGAUUCCAAGCUCAUAAAAAUCUCAAGAAUCAUUUCCUACUAUGGCAUGGUAGUUUAACAACAAACUAUCUCUCCAUUUUAUCUCAAGGCUUAAAGAUUGCUCCACCAGAGGCUCCAGUCACUGGUUAUAUGUUUGGUAAAGGUAUUUAUUUCUCUGAUAUGUUUAGAAAAUCUAUAAACUAUUGCGGUAGUUGGGAUAGUUCUUCAGCAAAUAGUUUCCUCUUACUCUCAGAGGUAGCUUUGGGUACAAUGAAAGAAUUUAAAAGCGCUCACUAUAUGGAAUCCCCUGAAACUGGUACAAAUAGUACUAAAGGUGUAGGUAAAACUGGUCCAAACUUUGACGAUAGUAUCAUUUUAAAUAAUGGUGUUGCAAUUCCUCUCUCUCCUCCAGAACAAGUUAAAGGUGAUACUUCCGAUUAUCACUUGGAAAUGAAUGAAUAUAUUGUUUAUGACGUUUCUCAAAUUAGAAUGAGAUAUUUAGUUGAAGUUUCAAAUUAA